CACCCGCAAAUGUUCCGAACUUGGGGCGUUGCGAGGCAGCAGAGCACCUGCCGCUGCUGCACCACCACGAGCCUUCGCCAUGCUGCGGCGAGGAGGGCAGCAAGUGCUGUCACAGCAGCAACAACAACAACAACAACAACAACAACAACAACCACGCGCACGAGCGAUCUGAGGCGUGUGGGUAUGGCUGUGCGGCUGCGCAGUGCACGCAGUGCAUGCAGUGCUGGUGUUGCGUCAUUUCACACACAUCGACAACUGCAACAGCAGCAGCCUGCAGAAGGCUCGCGGGUGGGUGCUGCGGUGGUAUCUGCAGCGUUGAAGGAGUUGGAAGCUGCACUUGGCAAGCAAGCUGUGACCACGGCCACGGCCGUGCGGGACCAACACUCGCACGACGAAUCGUUUCAUGCACCUCACCUCCCAGAUGCAGUGGUCUAUCCAACCAGCGUUGAGCAAGUAAGCGCUGUGGCGCAAGUAUGCCACCAGCACCGCGUACCCAUGAUCCCAUUUGGCACAGGCACGGGGCUGGAAAGCGGCGUGAGCGCACCUUCGGGAGGCGUGUGCAUUGACCUGUCCAAGAUGGACGCCAUCGUCGAUGUCAACACGGAGGAUGCCACAUGCACGGUGCAGCCUGGCGUGACGCGCAAAUCACUCAACGCGCAUCUUCGCGACACAGGCCUUUGGUUUCCCAUCGACCCUGGCGCCGAUGCGUCGCUGUGUGGCAUGUGCGCCACGGGUGCGUCUGGCACCGUUGCUGUUCGAUAUGGCACAAUGCGCGACAAUGUGCUUAAUCUGCAGGUGGUGAUGGCUGAUGGUCAGAUCAUGCACACCGCAGGACCAAAGGGCCGGGCGCCCAAGUCGUCUGCGGGGCUGAACCUGACGCAUCUGCUGAUUGGCUCCGAGGGCACGCUGGGCAUCAUCACGGCAGCCACGCUCAAACUUCAGGGGCAGCCCGAGCACGUGGCGUCGGCGGUGUGUGCGUUUGACAGCGUGGAGCAGGCCAGCCAGACGGCCGCGCAGAUUAUCCAGUGCAACAUCCCCGUCGCACGCAUGGAGCUGCUUGAUGCCGGCAUGAUGAAAGCGUUCAACACAUUCAAGAAAACGACAGAAUACGUCGAGAAGCCACACCUCUUCCUCGAAUUCCAUGGCUUCAGUGCCUCGUCGCUGGAUGAGCAGAUUUCGUUUGCACAGGAGCUGGCAGCCGACAACGGCGGCGACGCAUUCGCACACGCGCACGACAUUGAAACGCGCAAUAAACUCUGGGAGGCCCGCCAUAACGCGUGGUAUGCUGCGUUGUCGCUUCGUCCUGGCGCCAAGGGGUACUCGACAGACGUGUGUGUCCCCAUCUCGCAGCUCCCGGCUAUGGUGCAUCACGCAACGCACGAGGUUCACCGCCUCAACCUCACAGCGCCCAUUGCGGGGCACGUCGGCGACGGCAACUUCCACUGCAUCACCGUCUUUGAUGCGAACGACCGCGACGAGGUGCAGCGGGUCCACGACCUCUCAGCCUCGCUCGCAAGAAAAGCGAUUGAUCUUGGCGGCACGUGCACGGGCGAGCACGGCGUUGGAGUUGGGAAGCGCGAGUUCCUGACAGCAGAGUUUGGUGCGCCGGCCAUUGCUGCCAUGCACGCAAUCAAACACGCCCUCGACCCCUACAACCUCCUCAACCCAGGCAAGCUGUACCCGCAGUCGUAGUCGAAAGCAGCGAAGCCAUGUGGUGUGGUGUGUGUGUGUGUGUGUGUGUGUGUGUGUGUG